ACUAAAGUGCGUGUUGCUCGGACAAAGUCUGCACAGAAUAAUUAAAGGUGAAAAUGCAAUAUAGAUUGGAGAGGAGUGGCGUGAGGGAAUAUGGCUUUCCACAAUGAUAUAUAAGACUCCAGCAAUCUCCUACGGCUUUACUCUCUGGGCCAAACAUUUCUACCCAGGACGCUUUUGCUCAGGCAACAAUUGGCCAUGGAGGCCCUGAUUAGAAAACGGAACGCCAACAUUUUGUCUGCCCCCACUGUGUACGGCGGGGCAGGUGGCCGUGGGACCCAGAUCUCUACUUCCACCUCUGGCUCGCGGGUUGGCAGCAAGUCCAGCAGUGGGUAUGACUACCAGUUCUCAGGGUUCAAUAAGAGAACCCUGGUCGUGGAGAAUGAGAAGUAUGCAUUGCAGCAACUGAAUGACCGCCUAGCCAGCUACAUGGAGACCGUGAGGAGUCUGGAGAAGGCCAACAGCAAGCUGGAGAUCAAAAUAAAAGAGGCCAUUGAGAAAAGAGGCCCACAGGAGAGGAGAGAGUACAGCAAGUACAAUGCUGUCAUUGCAGAUCUGAGAGCAAAGAUUCUUGAUAGGAUUAAGGGUAACAUGCAAGUUGCUAUCUCCCUUGACAACGCCCGCUUGGCCUCAGAUGACUUCAAGAUCAAGAUGGAGUAUGAGAUAUCCAUGCGUAAGACAGUGGAGGCUGAUGUUGCAAGACUUCGAAAGCAUCUGGAUGACACCAACGUGGCCCGUCUGUACCUGGAGAGUGACAUUGAAACACUGAAGAAUGAGUCAAUCAUCCUUAAAAAGAACCAAGAGACUGACAUUGCUGAAUGGCGUGCCAAGAUCACUCACGUGGGAGUCCAUGUGGAUGUUGAUGCCCCCAAAGGCCAGGACUUAGCCAGGGUCAUGGAGGAGAUGAGGUCUAAGUACGAGAAGCUCAUACUGAAGAAUGCAGAGGAGGUCAAAUCAUGGCAUGAGUCCCAGAUCAGAGAGGUGAAGGUUCAAGUAACUGAGCAGACCACAGCCGUGAAAGAAGCCACAAUGGUACUGACAGAAACUAAGAGAAAGUAUCAGACAUUAGAGAUUGAACGGCAAUCGGCACUGAGCCUGUUACAGACCCUGAAAUCCACACUCCGGGACACUGAAAUGCGCUACAACAUGGAGAUGAACAAUCACAAUGUGAUCAUUCUGAAGCUACAAGAAGAGCUCACUCAGCUCCGUACUGAGAUCCAGCAAAACAAAAGAGAUUAUGAACACCUCCUCAAUAUCAAAAUCAAACUAGAGGCUGAGAUUGCUCAGUACAGGCGGCUGCUUGAUGGAAAGACUUAAAACUUGAGGAGGCCCUCAAUAAGAAGGAGGUCGAGACCAAGGUUGUGACGGUCACUCAAACUCUGGUGGACGGGAAAGUGGUGUCUGAGAGUAAGGAGAUCAAAUUUGGUUUGGUGGUGGAUCCCUAAAAGCUGAAAGAAUUAAAAAUACACCCACAUUGAGGUGCACUAGCAUACCUGUAUAUCAUUUUAGGGUGAAUUAAAGGAAUUAAAUAUUUUCAAACAACUUCAGGGAAAUUAUAUUUAAGAAUCAUCAGGGUGAUAUCUGGGUCCUCACAAUAUCAAAUAUCCCUCAAUCUGUAGACCCCUUGCAUCCUCUGACCAAUAUGGAAAAAUCCACACAAUAGAAAAAUAGGCACAGAGGCUUCAUGUCUGGCUUCCUGCCAAAAUCGCCCGAAUUGGCACUGAAUUAAGUACAUUCUUUUUGCGUCUGAAAAAUGUACACUCUGACCUGGAGUAAUUCAAACAUGGGCAGAAAGCCAUAUUCCCAUGCCUUGUUCAUAUGACUUAUUAGUCCUGCGCACUAACCUCUUUUGGAAUGUCAUGUAUAAUUGAACAAUGGAAGAUAUUUUACGGCAAAUUAAAAAGCUUCUUUAGACCAAACUCAUGCUUCGUUACUAUUCCCUGACCUAAUUUAGAACAACAACAACAAAAAACAACUAUGAACUUUGAGCGAAAAUCGGUCAGGAACCUACAGCUCUCGAGCCACAUGUGGCUCUUUUGAGGACUGCAUCUGGCUCAUGAUGAAUCUUAGCUGACAUUUCUUAAUAUGACAAAUAUAGAAUAAUGCCACUGAUAUUUUUAAAUAAAACAUUACAGAAAUGAUGGGCUCCAGCACUCCUGCGAUCCUCUCCUGCGACCCUUAUGAGAAUAAGCAGCUCAGGAAAUUGAUGAAUGGAUUACAGAAAUCAUAGUGUGAAAAAUGCUAAGAAUAUAAAUCCUGCAUUUUAAUCUAUCCAUGCAUCCAUUUUCUACCACAAUGCUAAUGCUAGCCAAUUCCGGCUGUCCUUCUGGGUAAAGCAGGGCAAAACUCUAUUUUCACUGGAUAAUGCAGUAGCCUACCCAGGUAGUUAUGGCCAAAGGAUAGUCAUACUUUGGUGUGUACUGAUUGGGCAUGGUAAGGGAAAUACAGAAAAGAAUAAAAGUAAAUUGCAAUCUUAAAAAGAUGGGACUGCAUCCACCAUUUAGUUAAUUGACACAAAGAUAAUUUUCUAUGAGAGGAUAAUCAUGUUGACUGUUACCCCUGUCCAAGAGAGGUGUUGAUUCAUGCUUGUGAAAAUUUUGUAUAGCCACUGUCAUAAAUUGACAGAUCCUUCCAAUUUUGGCUAGGCUGAAAGAAGUUGGGCAGACUAAUUGGAGAUGAAGAGAGGGGAUUCCAGAGAAGAGGAAUGGGGGAGGACUAAACACAUUUAGGAGAUUGAUGAGUGGAUAAGGACCAAACCAAAAGGACCCAAGGGAAUAACUAUUGCAUGCCUGUAAUUCUUCAGCAGCCCCCAUAACAAAUGGGUUGAACAAUACCUCAGUUCCCCAAUAGAGAGCGAGGAAAAGGAUUUAUCACUCCUCAAACCAGCAGCAGAGGGCUUGCCAUCACCGGGUUUUUUCACUUUAGUCCAGUACUGUAUUGUAUUGUAUUGACCAGUACAAUAACCACAUUGUAGAAAGGUUAUGUCCUAUGGAGGGACUGAUGAAGUUGAACGCCUCAUAUAGUCUCAGUCAGAAUUCAAGCAGAAGUCGCACAUAGCUUCAAACUCCAGGGUUAGUUUAAAGGCAUUGUUCCAGAAAAUGUUGGUUAAAUUACAAAUCGUAUAUCCUUCGGGGAUUUCAAAUUUAGAGAUGUUAUUGUUUUUACAAAGUAGCAAAAAGAUAAAAUCAUUUCAU